CAACCUUCUCAAAAACGCCCAACUUGAAGAUCAUUGUAGAGAAACUAUUCGAACACUUUGGGCAACCCAAGCCUGAAUUUCAAAGCAAUGAAGAUCCAGGUUACAAAUUGAGAAAUCUGCUUAAACAAGUUGGUGGGAGUCCAAUAAUAUUGGUCUUGGAUGACGUCUGGCCUGGAUCAGAAUGCCUUGUCGAGAAGUUUAAUGUUCCACUUUCAGACCUCAAAAUUUUGGUGACAUCAAGGGUCAACCUUCAGUUGGGGGGCUGCAUUUCACACCCCUUAGGAACACUUUCUCACGAGGAUUCAAUGACCCUUUUCCGUCGUUAUGCUAAGCUAAACGACGCAUGCCCUCGGAAUGAUCUUGCUGACCAGGCUGUCAGAUGUUGUGGGGGUCUGCCGUUGUUCCUUCGAAUUAUUGGAAGCAAACUUCGUGGGAAGCCAAUUGAGUUCUGGCAAAUCAUGGUAGAGGAAUUGUCGCAACGUCGCGGUUCUCUUCUUGAUUCAGAUGAUGAGGUGCUUGCUUUCCUCGAGAAAUGCUUGGAUGUUUUGGAGGAUAAGCCCAUUGUCAAGGAAUGCUUCAUGGACUUAGGCCUGUUUCCUGAAGAUCAGAUGAUCCCCGUUUCCGCCCUCUUUGAUAUAUGGACAGAACUGCAUAACCUAGAUGAAGAGUUCUGUGCAAUGCCAUAUAUCUACGAUUUAAUCCAGGAAUCUUUCCAAUGUCGUAGUUACCAGGUACCAUGGCUUUUUCUUAUCUCUUGA